GGUGUUAGUCAGGGAUGGGGGAAAGAGGUAGCCAAUGGCGUUCCGGGACCGGGCCGGAGCCUGGCGGUAAAUUUGAACCGAGCGGCCGUUUGCCCGGGCAGUGGGGAUUCAGAGAGACGGACGACCCAGGCAUCAGGCGAGGGAACGCGCCUCAUUCAUUUUAUCGAUAAACCCAAAUAUUUGAAUAUUGUCCAUUGCCGCUUGGAGAGAGUAAUUUGGAGGAGAAGGCCGGUGGGUACCAUCCUUUAGCUAUGAGAUUAUACCAGAGGACGCUCUGGUAAACAUGAAAGAUCAGACAGCAAUAAUUCAGAGGACAUCAGGGAUGUCCCCCUAGUGUCCUGUCUCCCGUAUCGCUGUGCACUUUCUGGAGCUGGCAGCCAUGGCUGCAGUCAACCUGAUGGUCCUUUAUGAGGAUGAAUCGGUGGAAGUGCAGUAUACAGAUAGCUCCUGUCUCCAGCUAUCCCCUUGUGGUUCGGAAUUCCUGUUUGAGAAGGCCCCUGCACCAUCUAUGCACCCUUUGCAGAGUUCCUGCCGGGUUCGCCAGCGAACACAGUUUGUCAUCAGCAGCUACAAGUUACUACAAGCUCUGGAAUUCAGAAAUCAAUUUGCUUCUCAGCCCUAUCUUCUAGCAAGACUGACUUCUGGAGACAAGCUGUUGAACCAGUUCCUUGACAUUUGUGAAGUGAAGUGGCCUGGAAGCGAUCAAGACGGUGGAGUAAAGGUUGCUGACAGUGGAUGGGUGACCGUCUCCUCUCUAGAUGGUCGUGCCUUCCUCAAUCUGGCUCCGUCUCGACUCGAGUUCACUGUGGAGUUCCUGACACCAGUCAGUACGCCUGCUGCCAGCAAACCGCUCCAUAAACAGGGCACGGGUAGCAACUUUGAGCCCCAACACUGUCUCAACCUGGAGAAGGUUAAACCCUCUGGGUUCAAUGAGGGCCAGAACCAAUCUGGGAGAAGGACCCGGAAUUGUCAGAGUAAAGUACGUGAAGGUACAAAUCCUCUAAAUCUGGAACAAAGGGGUGGAGGCUCGACUGAGAUCUGCUCCAAAUACAUGUGUCAGUAUACAUGGGUGAUUCAGCACCACACUGUAUCCUCUUGCCCACAAGAAUGGGAUUUCCCUCUGAGACUCGCUCUUCACUAUAACUGUGAGCAAGAGAAAUCUCCGGGGCUCGAUGGGAUAGAUAACAGAUCGCAGUGUGUUAAUGAACCUAUGGCACCAGGAGUUUCUGCAAUGGCAGAAUCAGCCACUACUCUUCCCAAAGUGUUGCCUCUGAACUGCCCAGCCCCACAUCUUCACAGGUGGCGCUUCGGGGAUGUGCUGGGUCAGGGAAAACGGGACUUGGAGACUUGUCUGCAUUCACAGCAGGUGAAAGUAGUCUGGUGCCAAAGUGUGCUGUACAGGAUAAUUACCGAUCCAGUGAACACUGUGGAAGUUUACCCAGGAGAUGGUUCUGUUCUCAAACCCCAUUGUGGCAACAGCAACUACUUCACUCACUAUCUGCUGGGACAGAACAAUGGACAGAGAGAAGAGCGAACGUACAUGGUGAGCAGCCUGCCUCCUGACACACCAAACUCCAAAUAUUCCAUUUGCUCCAUGGUCACACAGGCUGUCAGAAUCCUGCAAUGCUGUAAUUGGUCUGUGAAAGUGCCCAACAUGUGCUGUUGGAAAAUGGAGCUGUUCCAACCAGGAGGUUUUAGCCAGCUCUUAUCUCUUCUGGAUGAGCAGGACGUUCAGAACGUUGGAAGAUUUUCAGCAUUUUCCAACGGGCGCGUUCACAUCAGUUUCUGUGACGGUGUAAGACUGAGUACGUACUGGAACUUUGGAUCUCGGUGUGCAGAAGAGACAGAGACUUUGUUGAAGCUGCAAAAACAUGUGCUCUCUCCUGUGGUAUUCAAUGAAACACAAACUGACCUGAUGCCUGGUUGGUGUCAGUUACUGUGCCCAGAUGGAUCCUCCCAUUUGGUACCAAUGUAUUCUGCUGGACGAUAUCAGAGGUAUACCACUGCAGCGAUGGAUUGGUGUCAGUGGGUGAGUAAAGGUAACCGGAAGAAAACAUCAGUGGACCAUCCCAAUUCCCAGGUUAAUGCACAGGAUGAGAACAGAUCUAUCAUUGCAGAGAUUCAAAAAAUACAAAAGUUUAAUUUCCUUCUGGAGAACUCCAAUUGUCUGAAGCACGACCCCCCAUUGAACGCCAUUCCUGACCUUUGCCAGCCCACAGAGAGGGACCAGAAUAUAGAGAGAGUGCUGAGACAGACAGGCCAAGCUAUCCAAGAGAUCGAGCUGGUGCUGGAGGCGAACAAGAGGGAUGGAAAUGAAACGAGAAGGAAGAAAUGUGCAGGAACCAUGGGAGAGCAAGGAAGUGCAAUUGAAAGUCUUCUCGUGCAGCAAGGAUUGCGUCUCUGACUUAUUGAGGUCUGUGGCUGCUUCACUACGAAGAACACUCAAAAACUGCAAUGCACUUUCAGACUAUGCAUCAGUAGUGAUAUCCCACUGCCUUGACUUCAUAUUCCCUUAGUUUAUUGUGCAGAGUACCAGCCAGAUCCCAAGGCAGAGGCAUUCUUGAUCUUGAACUCAGAAGCUCUGUAAGGAGGGCUAUUAGUAACUUUGGGAUGUUUCACUUGGUCCAUGAACAAAAUUUAAUGCACAUCUACUCUAGGGAAAACUGGAAGUACCAUGGGUGCUGGACCACAAAUGCUAGAGCAUGGAUUGCUGGAUUAAGGCAGUACAGGCAGUAUUAGCACAUUCUGAGGACUGAAUCCAAUCCACACAUUCAGUGCUCACGGGUGAUGUUCAUUGUUCUUCUAAUGAGAUGUUGAUUAGCAGCACUGUCUAUCUGUUAGACUUGCACGUUAUGUUCUUAAAGCGCUUGAAAAUAACUUGCUAUAUGCGAAGAAUUUUGUAAUAUCGAAUUGAACACCAUUUGAAUGCAAAUCAUUCUUUUUAAUCAUUCUAUCUUUUGAUAACUUGUGCAAUUCAGACGACUUGUACAUGACUCAUAGCUACUGAACUUGUGUUUUUUUUAAUCAGUCAUCUUAGUCAUGGAUAAAUGUUCUAAUUAUAAACUUUCGUGCAGUUAUUUCUGAUUUUGCACUUUAUUCACUUAAUGGUCAAUAAAAUGUACAAUUUUUUUAUUUUAAAUCCAUUUGUGUUGUAUUGCUGAAAUGCAGAAUUUUGAUGGAUUCCUUAUUUUGUGUCCAAUGGGACAUAUACUUAGAAUCUGAAAACAGUGGGGAAAGGUUUUGAAUCUUUGGGUACUGAGUGAUUUCUGAAGUAUACUCCUUUUCACUGGGCUGGUCAGCCUUGCCGCCAAAUGUCAUUUAUAG